CGAACCAAUCACAGAGCUCUAUUCAACGUUGUGCGUUCGAUUUGCUACUUCACUUAAGCAAGCAUCGUUUGUGAAUACGGGCGUUAGACACCUUAGUAAUUCUGACUGAAGUAAUUUUUAAAAUUAUGUAGAUUAUUCUCUCUCCCAGAUAAAAUAUGACCAUGCGAAGUAUGCAUGAUGUAACUGGUUCCAUGUCCUUUGAGCAAUCAACUAAAAAAUAUUCGGCUUCAUAAUUAUUAUAUUAUAACAUUCAAAAUACAAAUAAGCAAAGCUAUCGACCUUAUAAAUAUGAGUAAUCGGAGAAACUCUAUAAUCGCCUUAAAGAUUUUAGACUAAUCCGGACGUGUGUUCGUCAAAAUGAACAAUAUUAUUAUUAGUGUUUUAGUUUUAGUGGGUUUGAUUGAUUUUGGAUAUUCAGAUGUGGUAUCAUCGAUAACAAAAUGUACAGCAGCUGAUUCGAAGUGCAUCGCGCAAUCUUCUCAAGUAAUCAUCCCAAUUUUUGCCAAAGGCAUUCCUGAACUAGGCGUCGAAAAGCUAGAUCCUUUGCUUUAUAAAGGAACUAUUGACGCAAGCACCGCUGGGCUGAAGCUGCUUCUGUCAAAUAUGACAUUUACCGGAUUGAAGGAUUGUGUCAUAAAGGAAGCUCAACGAGAUAAAGCCAAAUCAAAGAUAGAAGGGAAGCUCCUGUGUGACGUAGACGCAAAUGGAAUCUACGAAAUAAGCGGUAAACUGCUCAUAGUGACGGUUCGCGGACAAGGAAACAUACAUGUUGUGCUUCGGAAAAUUCUAAUCAGCAUUGAAGCCGAUCUAGCCGACAAAGUUGGCAAAGACGGCAAGACGUACUGGAAUGUCAAACGAUUCUCUCACACCUACGAACUUCAGGACAAGGCUGACGUGGAAUUCGAGAACUUAUUUACAGGGAACGACGUGUUAGGACAAGCUGCGAGUCAAGUCAUAGCUAACAGUGGGAAUGAAAUCGUUCUUGAGGUUGGCCCACCCGUGGUCAAAGCACUGGUCACUAGAGUGGUCGUGAACAUCAAGAAGUUCUUCAGCAACGUCCCCGUUGAAGACCUGAGCUUAGACUAAACAUGAGAGACAAGUGGACUUAAGAUUAAUCAUAAAUUUUAAAGGUUAACUCAGUCAGUGAGGUAUGGGAGCGGAAUGAGAGGGUGAUUGUCGGCCGUUUGGUGUAGUGGUUCAGAGCGGACUACUAUGCCGAGAGGUCCCGGGUUCGAUUCCCGGCCGGGCAGAAAUUGAAAUGAUGAAUUUUAAUUUAUGUGACGGGUCUGGGUGUUACUAUGUAUAAUAUGUAUAUAUUUAAAAAAAAAAGUAUAUAAGUAGUAUAUCCGUUAAGCUAGCACCCAUAACACAAGCAUUAAGUUGCUUACUUUGGGGCUAGCUGGCGCUGUGUGAAAUUGUCCAAAGAUUUAUUUAUUUAUUUAUUUAUUUGUAGGCUGUGACAUGUCAUAAUAUGUCAAAACUACCCCUCCCGUGCCGCUCCAAUACCUUAGUUGUGACCUUAGUGAGUUUGUUCCGGCACUUGCCAUAAUUAUGUUUAUCUCGAAGCGCUGGUAGGACCCCAAAGAUAAGGAGACAUGUAAAGUGCCCCAUAAGGGCUACCUUUUUUAUAUAAACUAUAUUUUGACGUUCAUAAGUGCCACUUGUGGUCUAAAUUGAAUAAAUUUUUUUGAUAUUGAUUUUGAUUUAGGCACUGGCUGAGUUAAGUGCUUUACCUACUUCUAUUAGAUUACUAUGUAUUAUGAUGGUUAUUUCGAAGUUGCAUAGUUAAAUAAGUAUUGCCGUGCAUUAUUCAGACA